UAGAAUAUAUAUUUGUUUACUGACAUUUUUAUCGACUUAAUCCAAUCUUUCAAGGUUACAUAAACAUACUUAAAGGCCUUAAAAAUGCCUCGAAGAACAUCUGAUUGUCAUUACCAAUCAUUUUGAAGUCGAAUAAAGAACUGUUCACUUCAUAGAUAGACAAACUAAAAAUUUUCUUUCAAAGUUUUCUUUAACUGUCAUUUUUUAGUUGAAAAUAAUAAUUAAUAAUGUUUUUCAUACUUUUGAGUGUUAUCGCCACCCUUACGGCUCCAAUUUUCUGUAGUUUACAAUUGCCAGAAAGUGGGUUUUCCAAUGAUCCACUUUUUAGAUUAACUAGACCAGAUAUUUAUGAAAACACCACAACAGAUAUUCUUGCCAAUGUUGGAGAUUCAGUGCAAUUUGAGUGCUACGCUUCGGGAACUCCUGGUGCCAAUGUAAUUGUCGAAUGGUCAAGACCAGAAUAUAUAAAUUUAUUUCAACAGAAUGAAGGUAAUCUCAGAUUGCCAAAUGGAGAAAAAGUUUACCGGGGAAAUAUUCUCAGUUUUCCAUCUGUAAAACCAGAACACGCUGGAUCAUAUAUUUGUAGAGCUUACGAGGAACAUACGUUGCCCAGUUCGCGAUCUUAUCUUCUUAGCCUCAAGUCAAAGCCAUCUAUUCGCAGUGCAGGUGUAAAAAAAAUAUUCCAAGACAACAAUGUUUUGGAUGCCAUUGAAUUAUCUGCUGAGGCUUCAGCUGUUCCACAGGGUGAAAUAAUUUGGUAUAAAAAUAAUCAAGUAUUGAGUAAUAGUUAUAAAUACCAAAUACUCAUUAUGAACUACAGUGGAUCUGCAGUUCUCACUAUUUCAACGAAAGACAGUGACUAUCAUGGAACUUAUAAAUUUUUUAUUCAGAAUGAAUUAGGACAAGCUGAAUAUUCUUUUGAAAUUUAAAAUAAAACCGUAAUUGUUGAAAAUGAUAAUUUAAAAUAUCAUUUAU